AUGACCGGACUCUCAGCUACGUCACCUCCAACCGGGCGAGGGCACUCCCGUUCGAUCAGCCACCCAUUUCCUGCGCCGUUCGCCGCCGGCGCGUUCGCCGCCGCCGUGGGGAAGAGGCGCCCGUCCAUCUCGAGGAAGAAGAAUGAGAGAAUGGGGCUGGACUCGGACGACGACGAUCUCGUAAGCUACAUGCCGGACCCCAACACGUCGCCACCGCGCAACCGCGCGCCGCCUCCCGGCGCCAUGACCUCGGGCAAAUGCAUGGCCUGCAACUGCACGGUGCGGUGGCCGCGCGAUCUAAAGGUGUUUCGGUGCACGGAAUGCUUGACGGUCAAUGACUUGGAGCCGUACUUGGAUACGGCCAAGCCGGGUGGUCACGGCAAUUCGGGUCCUGACGGGAAGCCGCGCACACCCAUGGUUCUACGGAAAGCAGUACCCUUGUCUCUCGAGCGAACGAAGGCUUUGCUGGACGACUGCAUGACAGAAUACCUUCGGCAACUUCUACACGGGACCGGCCCCCGAGCGAAUCCGACUGGAAGCCAGGCUGAAAAGUUCCCCGAUACCGAGCAGGAUGAGAACCUGGCGCAUUCGCCUAGACAGACGGGCGAGUACUUGUGUGACCCUCGGGCGCCGGUCGCCUCGCGCGGGCGUGGUUACUCGGCCUCCAACAAACCAGGAAAGCCAGACGGUCCGCCAAACUAUUCAAAGCCCAAUCUGAAUCCAUACUCUGCCCUUGGAGAAGGAAAGAGCGCUCCGAUGAAGGGUCGGGAUGCUCAGACUUUGCCCCGGCGAGACCGCUCGCCUCGAGACAUUGGCCCGGGAAAUCUUCUGGACGCGAAGGAAUUGCCUCGCCGCCCUUAUAUUUUUAGGCUGCUGGAAGACUACAUAAUAAAUUCAUUCAAGGGCUGUGAUUGCUUGAAUAGCUCCUUCACCACGGUGCAGCAUGCGCCUCGAACCACCGAGAAUAGCAGUCUUCCCAAGCAGAAAGAGGACAAGAGUACUAGCGUGGCACCUGCAGCCGCUGAACAUGUAUGUGAGCCGGAUGCCAAGCUGCUCCUCCUGGGUGACAUAGCAGAAAACUCAUCGUGGUGGAUGAACGAGGUGGAUUCCACUGUUCAUUCUCACUCUCAAGACCACCGGGAGAGAUCCUCGGGGUCCAGAGCUGUUUCCUCGCGCAGCCCCCGCAUCGACUGGGCGGAGCUCGCAAAAUGGUACCACUUGAUUAUGACUGCCGGCUCAUCAUGGGUUGAGCUGUGGUCGACGAUGAAGCCAACUGAGUUACGGACGGAUGAGGAUAUUGUGGCCGCUCACCGGUGGGACUUGGCUGAUCUGGCCAUGAUUGAAAAGGAGGUGACCGAGUCGCGCUUGCACCUGCAUCGGACCCUGCUUAAGGCGACGGAAAACCUUCUCAAACGGCCGCGACGGCCACUCAAGAAGCCGGAAGAUAUCAGAUUUCUCCUGAUGCUCCUGGUGAACCCAUUGAUCCAUCCCUCCAGUCCGUCGUUGGCCUCAUACACGUUGACCCCCUCCGCUCCUCGGGGUGAUAGAAGACCUUCCCAUCCCGUACUCGGCAACCCGAGACCAGCUCCUCGUGAUUCCAAACUCCCUCAUCGCCAGCGAAGCGGAGGACCCGGUCACCACUCUGGCAUUGUCAAACGGAUCAUGGGUCUGUUAGCUAAUCUACCAAACGACUGCCAUCAUUACUUGGUUUCAUGGUUUUCGCGCUUUCCCACGGGACAGUUUGAGAAGAUUGUCGACAUCGUGGGCAGUUUCGUGACCUAUCGCUUGACUCGACAGCAUGGGCGGAAACGCAGCGAGACCGCACAGCACGAUGACAGCCUGAUACCCAGCUUUUCUAGCGCAGCUGGCAAUACCCCCGCCGAGUUGCAUGCCGCCAUCAAUGGCAGAAGCCCGAACAAGUCGGCCAAGGACGACCGUGAUCAGCCCGUGGUCUAUACUGACGACUGGCAGAUUCGCGCUGCCGCUCGGGUGAUGUCGUUGCUCUUCACAGCGAACAACGCCACUGUCAUUCGCAAGCCUGACGGACAAGGGACGAGCACGAGUGGCCGGCCUGACCGGCGGGGCCACAUGGUACCAAUCAGCUCCUUCUACAACACGUUACUCGACUAUUCAGACCUUGUGGCUGACUUUGAAGCCUGGGAGUCCAAGUCGAGCAAAUUCUCGUUCUGCCAGUAUCCCUUCUUCCUUAGUAUCUGGGCCAAGAUUCAUAUCCUGGAGCACGAUGCUCGUCGUCAGAUGGAGGUCAAGGCACGGGAAGCAUUCUUCAACAGCAUUUUGAGCCGCAAGGCGAUCAGCCAGUACCUGGUCUUCAAAGUCCGGCGCGACUGCUUGGUGGAGGACAGCCUUCGCCGAGUCAGUGAGGUCGUUGGCUCUAGCCACGAAGAGAUCAAGAAAGGGCUGCGUAUCGAGUUUGUCGGUGAGGAGGGAGUGGAUGCGGGUGGUCUACGGAAAGAGUGGUUCUUGUUGCUUGUCCGGGAGGUUUUCGAUCCCCAUCACGGGUUGUUCAUCUAUGACGAAGACUCCCAAUAUUGCUACUUUAACCCUUACUGCUUCGAGUCAUCCGAGCAGUUCUUCUUAGUCGGGGUAUUAUUGGGAUUAGCUAUCUACAACUCGACCAUUCUAGAUAUAGCCCUUCCGCCCUUUGCAUUCAAGAAGCUUUUGGCUGCAGCCCCGCAGUGGUCGACCACUCGAUCGGUGUAUAAAGCUAGCCUGGAGGAUCUAGCAGAGUAUCGACCUGCACUUGCCAAAGGGCUGCGGGCACUGCUCGAUUUCGAGGGAGAUGUCACGGAGACAUUCUGCUAUGACUUUGUCGCACAGGUGGAUCGGUAUGGCGAGCCGAUGUCUGUGCCUCUCUGUGCCGGAGGCGAGGACCGUCCAGUGACGAACGCCAAUCGCCGGGAAUUCGUGGAGCUGUACGUGCAACACCUGCUGGACACCGCCGUGACGCGACAGUUUGAGCCCUUCAAGCGGGGGUUCUUUACCGUGUGCGGAGGCAACGCGCUGUCUCUUUUCCGGCCGGAGGAGAUCGAACUGCUGGUGCGAGGCUCGGAUGAGGCGCUCGAUGUGGCCUCGCUCCGGGCAGUUGCCACGUACGAGAACUGGUCGAUACCGCGACCGGAAACGGAUCCCGUGGUGCGCUGGUUCUGGGAAAUCUUCGGCCAGGCGGCACCACAGUCUCAACGGAAGAUUUUGUCGUUCAUCACAGGCAGUGACCGCAUUCCUGCCAUGGGAGCUACGAGUCUGUCGAUUCGCUUGGCGUGUCUGGGAGAUGAUACGUCGCGAUUCCCCACGGCGCGGACUUGCUUCAACCAAUUGGGCCUCUAUCGGUAUGAGACUCGGGACAAGCUGGAGCGGGUGCUCUGGGAUGCGGUGCUGAACAGUGAGGGGUUCGGCCUGAAAUAA